UCUCAUCAUGUCCACACAGGGGCUGCUCAGCAUAGUGCUGCUUCUGGUCCCAUCUUCACUGUUCAUCCUGCUGCCAGAAGUUCCCCAAAGUUUCUCCUUGUCCCUGAGGAGUGGUUUGGGAACAGCCUUGUCUUGCAAAUUGUCCUCCUCUGAGUCAGAACGCAGAUGUCGAUUCCCAGGUGGAAAUCUUUGCAGUGGCAGAGGCCAGUGUGACUGUGGGGUCUGCAUCUGCCAAGUGACUGAGCCAGGAAAAUACUAUGGUCCACUUUGCGAAUGUCAUGAGUGGGUGUGUGAAACCUAUGAUGGAGAGACAUGUGCAGGCCAUGGGAGGUGUGACUGUGGAAAGUGCAGAUGUGAGGAAGGUUGGUAUGGCGAUGCGUGCCAGUUCCCAAAAGCCUGCAACCUUACCCGAAGGAAAAGUAAUGAAAUGUGCAAGAAUUCUCAAGACAUCGUCUGUUCAAAUUCAGGAACUUGUCAUUGUGGUAGAUGUAAAUGUGAUAAUUUAGAAGGGAAUGGAUUGAUCCAUGGUAAAUAUUGUGAGUGUGAUGACAGAGAAUGCAUAGAUGAAGAAACAGGAGAUAUGUGUACAGGCCAUGGCAAGUGUUACUGUGGAAACUGUUACUGUGAGGCUGGUUGGCAUGGCGAUAAAUGUGAACUCCAGUGUGAUAUCACCCCGUGGGAGAUCAAGAAGAGGUGCACCUCUCCAGAUGGCAAAAUCUGCAGCAACAGAGAGGAAAAGGCACCUGUAGAUGUGGAGAAUCAAAUGUGUCAUGAUGUUGACCCAACGGGGAGAUUGGGGGCGAUAUUCAUGGGAGAAACACCGGUGAGUGUGAUGAACCGAAACGCUGAAAGAAAGCCCCUCUAA